UAAUUAAGAAAAACCUCUUAAACGUUAUUGAAAAGAUUCCGGCUGAAUUACAAACGUUCCACUACAAGUUCUUCGUGCUUGUAUUGACUAACGAUUGUUAGGUUAGGUUUGCUUUGUUGUCACUAUUUUGAAUGUGAGAUUUGUUGAGAAUUAAAUUUUUUUGUUGAUUUUCGUGAAUUUUGUCGUCGAUUUUAUUAUGAAGCAAACAUUCAACUGAAUAAUUAGCUUUUUACUAAAUUUUGUUUGAUUUUGACGUUUAAUAUUUUAGCAUAUUGAGUUUGAUAAAUUACAUAAAUAAGUUGAAGACAUGACGGAUUCUAUUAAAUUUGGUCCAGAAUGGUUAAGAAAUAUGUCUCAAGGCAUAUCAAAGCCUCAACUAGCAGAGCAUCGUUAUGGUAGGGAAGAAAUGUUAGCCCUUUUUGAUAUUUCAUCCUGUAAUCUUCCUCCAGAAUCUCUAAAAGAGCUCUCUAUGGUAUAUAGUGAAAAACCUCAAACACCACUGUCUUUACAGCAAAUGUCUGAAGAAGAAACUAGACUAUGGAAUCGAGGUAUAAAUAGUGAUACUAUAGUUAGAGCAUCUGUACGAACUACUGGUGGUAGAGGUACUGCUAUUGAAGUACGGGGUGGAAGUGCUAGUGCUAGAGGACGAGGAGGACGUGGUGGUUAUUACUAUAAUACUACUCGGCCUGGAUAUGAAGAGGGUCCUGAAGGUGGAGGUUCACCAAUGAACAGAGGUCCUCAUAGACCUUUUGAACGCCUUAACUCCAAUGAGAGAAAUUUAAAUCGUAAUGGAGAAUACUCAAAUGAUUGGAGAGGACGAGACGAAUCCAAUAAUUGGUGGAGAAAAAAUAGAGGUGGCCUACACCAAAAUCAGUCUGAAGAAUCUAAUGGACGUUGGGGUCGAACUCGAACAGAUUCUUAUAAUAAUGACAAAUGGCCUGCAGGGAGGCCAUCAUCUAAAUUUGAUGAAGAUGAAGGGUGGGAUAGAGGAGAUUCUAAAUGGUCAAAUAACACUAAUAUUAGUGAUAGACGGAAACUUGAUUGGGGAGAAACUUUACCAGAAUGGGCUGUUGACAAUCCUGGUGAAAAGGGAGGAAGUUUUGACUCGUCUGGAGCUUUCCAUGAUAGCAAUCAUUUUGAAGAUCAACAUUAUAGCGAAAGAGAGCAGUCAAACAAUGAUCAUGAGUAUGAGGAAAACAUUGAUUCUAACAAUGAAAAUAUUGAAUGUUCAGAAAUUACUUCUGAUAAGCAAUUGAAUGGUCAAGAAAUUGAAGAAGUUACCUCAACUUCAGUAUCUAGUUCACCUUCACAAAAUGAAGAAGUUGUAUCUUCCCCAGAACGGUUUAAAACUAUGAGACAACAGCAUCAACUUAAUAUUAGUUCACAGGUUCCUAAAGAAUCCAUUAUUAAAAAUGAACCAAUUGUCAUAAAUCAUCAAGAAUGUAUAAGAACACAACAUGUUGAACAAGAUAUUCCUGUGGUUCAUAGCAAAAGUAGUCCAGCUUUACCAUUGAUCUCUGAUUGUCAACCAAAUAAAUUAGAGAACCUAAAAAAUAUUAGAGAUGUGUCAUUAAUUAAUAAUCGUUUAGAAAAUACUAAUAUCAAUUCGAUACAUCGAUCAACAAGUUUAAAUGCCAAUGCUAAUCAUUGUUUAGAUACUAUGGAUGCUGAAGCAGAAUCUAUGGUGUCUAGGUUAACUAGUGAUAAUUUUAAAAUUGGUACUUCUACACACUCUGCUCUAGCACCACAAUCAAGUAAUAAAUGGUUUUAUAGAGAUCCUCAAGGAGAUGUGCAAGGACCUUUUUUGACAUCAGAAAUGACUGAGUGGUAUAGUUUGGGGUAUUUUCAUGAUAACAUGUUGAUGGUUAAGCGGUCAUGUGAUGAAAAUUUUUAUUCGUUGGGUGAUCUUGUAAGACUCAAAGGAAAUUUACCAUUUUCAGAUACUCCAUUUACUGAACAAGAUGUCAAAAUGACAGCUCGAAUAGGAGUACAACCUCCACCCCCACAUAAUCCAUUCACAAUAAAUGAGUCCUUGGUUCUACAACAACAGCAGCAACAACAUUAUCAAUAUAGACAAUUAUACUUGAAACAAAGAGAAAUUGCAAUACAGAGUGCAGUUCAUCAGCUAUCGCAGUCUGAAAGAUGGAAUACUUUAUCACCUAUUGAACAGCAACAGAUGAUAAUGCAUCAUAUAAGAAAUGUUGAAGUUAAUUCCACCAUACCUCCAAUAUUUGCAGCGCCUAUUAUUCCUCAACCUCAGCCAUCCUUACAUUCAAUGAACCCCCCUACUAAUAAUAAUUUGAUGGUGAUGCUAUCACAAAUGCAACAACAACAUUUUAAUCAUCAAAUAGAUCCUAAACAUAAUGCUCAUGGUAUUCCUCCAAGCCAGCCUAUCAAUCAACAAAUGGAUCCAUUACAUUCAUUAGUUCAAAGUAUGGGAGGUUUAAAAUCCUCUACAUCAUCACCAGUAAGUGUACCACAUCAUCAUCCGACUUCAAACGCUAUUCGGACCAAUACUACACAACCAGAAAACAAUCCUAUAUCCGAUUUAUUAAGACAAUUAGGUGCACCUCAAGAUAAACCAUUGAAGGUUACUGAGACAAGUGUUUGGGGAAUGGAUUUCUCUGAUAAACAAAAAAUGAAUGGCCCAAUUGGAUUAGGUGGUUGGCAAUCAAUGCCUUCAGUCGACCAAUCUCAACAAACUCCAGGAGUCUUAUGGGGAUCUGGAGAAUACACUAAAAUAAUUGGUGCUGAUCAUCAAGCAAUUGAGGAGGCAAUUAAAGAGGAAGCAAGAAGAAGUGAAGAAGCUAGAAAAAAGGAAAUCAUGAAACAAAAUGAACAGUUAAAAAAGCGGGAAGAAGAGAAAGCUAAGAUGGAAAAAGAGAUAAAAAGAAAACAAGAAUUAGAAAAAAUAAAACUAGAAGAAGAAAGAAGAAAAGAGGAAAUAAGAAAACAUAAAGAACAUGAAAAAAAAUUGAGAGAAGAUGCAGAAAAAAAAAAAUUAGAAAGAAAAAAACUUGAAGAAGAAAAUUCAAAAAAACGUGAACAUGAAAAAAAAGUUAAAGAGGAGAAAGAAAAAAGACUGUUAGAAGAAAAAAAGAAAGAAGAAGAUAGAAGACUAAUUGAAGAAGAGAAAAAAAAAAAGACGGAGUUAAAAAAGAAAGAGGAAUUAAAAAAAAAAGAGGAACAAAAAAAGAAAGAAGAACAAAAGCGUAAAGAAGAAUUUAAAAAACAAGAUCAAAAAAAAAAAGAUGACGAUCAUAAGAAGAAACAAGAUUCUUCUAAACCAAAUUCUUCAGUUCCUAUUGUUACAGAACCACAAAAAAAGAAAAAAAAAGACCCACAAACUGUAGCUCAUAAUGGUGUUGAAACAGCUUCUGCUCCAUGGGCAGGUAGUGAUCAAAAAAAACAAGUUCAAGUAAAAUCAAUGGCAGAAAUUCAAGCAGAAGAACAGAAGCGUGAGCAGUUAAUUAAGCAAAAAGAACGGGAAAGAACUGAACGAGAGAUGUGUCUAGCUGCAAUUGAACAAGCAAAACAAGAAAAAGCUAGAGCUAAUAUUAAAAUGCAAUCCUGGUCUACAGUAAUAGCUAAAAAUGUUCCUCAGCCCCAGUCUGCAUCUAGUAACUCUGUAUGGGGAACUACUAAUCAAACAAAUACUGAAAAACAGCCAAAUCCCCCCAAAUCUAAUAAGGCUUCAAUUACAAAUACCAACAAAAAUAAUCCCAAAAAUAAUGUGGUAAAAAAUCCUAGCCAAGUUGCUCAGAAUAAUGUAAUGAAAAAAGUUUUAGAAAAUCGUGGUGAAAAUAAUAAUUGUAAUGAUGAAUUUAGUCAGUGGUGUUGUAAACAUCUUGCAGCUAUUAACAAAAACACUAUUGAUAUACCUACAUUUGUUACAUUCUUGAAAGAUGUUGAGUCUGAGUAUGAAGUUAAAGAAUAUAUUCAGAGUUAUCUAGGAGAUAAUAAAGAAGUACGAGAAUUUGUUAAACAAUUUUUUGAUAAAAGGUUGAAAAUUCAAAACAAACAAAAAGGGUCAGACUUUGUUGAAAUGAAGAGCAAAAAUAAAAAGAGGAAUAAAAUGGUGCCUUUAGAUAACAAGGUUCUUGGUUUCAAUGUGGUUGCAUCAGAACGCAUCAAUGUCGGAGAAUUAGACCUUGGAACGAUUUAGAUCUUUGAGAAUGUAAAGAAACAAUUUUAUUUGAGUAUUAAAUAUUUUCCAUGUUUCUCGUUGAAAUUUUUUUUAUUGAUAAAUAUAUAUAUUUAAAUAAAUUCAAUUCUUUUUAUCAUCAUUUUUUUUCUUGUAAAUAUAUAAAAAAUUAAUAAUAUUAAAAUUAUUGUUAAUUUUCUA